CCGCCAUAUUUUGAAUCACAUCAAUUGUCAAAACUUUGGCUUCGUCUACAAACAAAAUUCAUCAUAUGUUUGGGUGGCAUGAAAAAUGGUGUGCUUUUAAGAAAAACAAUUGGAUUUUCGAAAAAAGUGUAAGCUCGAAAGAUGUCUCCAGAACGGAUAGGAUCACCACAUGAUGAUCAAGUCGCCACACCAAAAAUGUCUGUGCCUGCUAGUCCAGUUGCUGGUACUCCCGCUUGUGAAGCACAGAAUCCCAUCUCUCUUCUGCUAGCUGUUGCCCAGGCUCAGAGUAGCACUAGAUCUCCUGAUGAUGACUUGACCAGUUUGUCCUGGUUGCACGAGAAAGAUUUACUUAAAGGGAUGAAUAUUAAUCCUUCACCCUCCAACAGCACAAAUUCAACUCCAAAGCAGUAUUAUGCUUUAUCCCACAUUCUUCCUGAUCAGUCUCCCACUAGUGAUUAUGUUGAGGAUUCUUCCAUAUCACCUGGUGAAUCAUCCAACAGUUCCCUAAAUUCCAGUUUUCCUACCUGUCACAAUUAUCAAAAUAACCAACAGAAAAACAAACAUCCUCACAAUGUACCUUAUGAUCCCAUGGUCCAUACCAAUAACAAACCUCCUUACUCCUUCUCUUGUCUCAUAUUCAUGGCCAUCGAGGAAUCACCACAAAAAGCUCUACCUGUCAAGGAGAUAUACUCCUGGAUUCUUAGUCAUUUUCCGUAUUUCCAAAAUGCUCCCACUGGAUGGAAGAACAGUGUUCGACACAAUUUGUCCCUGAAUAAAUGUUUUCAGAAGGUUGAAAAAGCACCGAACCUCGGUAAAGGAUCUUUAUGGACAGUGGACCCACAGUACAAGCCAAAUUUGAUACAAGCAUUAACGCGGUCCCCUUUCCAUCCUUGCUCAAAUUUGGAUACAUCUUCCUAUCUGAACAAUAAUAUCAAAACAAAGGAUGACAAAGUAGAAAAAAAAUCCCCUCAAUCCAUAUCUCGUCUUCCAGAUCCUCAGCUAUUUCCCUAUUUAUCCAAAACUCUAGCUUCAGUUGAGAUGAGCACCCCUGUGAAGACAGAGUAUUCCGAUGACUCAUUAGACGAGGUAGAUGCGGCCACUGUGAUGUUGAGUCUGAAAAAUGGACCCACCAUGAGGCAGAAAAGAAAAAAUGUGUGGCAAGUUGUUACCACUUUGCCUAGUCAGGAUCAUACAUAUAGUGCAGCUAAUUCUUCAAUGUCGGCUGAGAGUGAAGAGGCUUUUGAGAAUGAUGAUGCCAGACCAAAGAAAUCAACAUCAUGUCAGAAAAUUGAUAAUAAAGAUGAGGAAGAGGAGAAAAAAAUUAAAGGAGCAGAGAUACUGUUACAUUUUGCAGGGGUCACAAGAACUCGAACAUAUUAUGAACCAUCAAGAAAAAGAAUGAGAGCUUUGACGUUCGAGUCUGAGGAAGAUGUAGAUGAAAAACAAGUUCCUUUUAAACCGAGAUUAUUGAGAACGAAAAGAAAAGAAACCAAACAAAAAUAUGUUAAUAACAACAAUAACAAUGAAUGGGUUAAACAUAGAAAAGAGCUAGAAACGAGUUCUAGCAAAAGGUAUAUUAGAAUCAUCAAGAUUAAUAUAAAGCAAUAAUGAAAAGUCUUAACAUGGAGAAGUAGUCAUGAAAGGAAUAUAAAGUGAUAAGGUAGAAAAAUAUAGUUCAAACUAUAUAUUUUUUCUAUUUCCCGUGAUAGAGUUGAGAUCUUCCUAAUGUAAAUAAUACAAAACAAUCAAGAAUAUCUGGACUAUGAUCAAUGUUCAGGGCAAGAAAAUUAUGAUUUUGUGAAUUGAUAAUUUUUUUUAAAUUUUUUAUAUUUGUGUGGAAUUUUGAAAAUUCUAUGAGAAAAAUUCAAAAAUAUUCAUUUAUCAGUUCUUGCUUUGAAACAUUUUCCAGUCAUAAUUCUUCACUUGAAGUUAUUCUAAAUCUUUUGAUCUAAAGCAAUACUAUUCUGCCUGAGGUACUGACAGUAAUACUCUAUUGUUUCUAGCUUUUUACACUCACUCAUCAGGCAUUUAAACAAAAAUUUAAAAUAAUUUUUGCCACAAAAUUGAUAAGGCAUGAUGUAUUUUGAUAAGGUGAAAUUUUGAACAAUCGAGGAAUUUCUUUGUACCUUUCAUGUGAGGUUUUUUUGAAAAGGGAUAAAUAAUGAACCUUAUCAUAAUUUUCAGUCAAUACUUCUACAAAAGGUGAUAUCUCUUACAAAUAUGAUUACCUCUAAUUUAUUUUUAUUUAAUGGUGUGCUAUAUUUAUCCUUUUCCGUAUAUAGAGAUGAAUUUGAGUAUGAAAAAUGUGCCAAAAGCUUAUUUCAUUGCAACAAAUGUUCAUAAUUUUGGCAUCUGUCUUCCAAUUUUAUAUAUAGAUGUAUAAUUCUUCUGAAAAUCUUUGAUAUCUUGAUCAUUAGCUCUUCUUUAUUUCGUUUAAUAUUUAUUGAUAGCAUUCUGUUUCUUGAGUAUUUAGAAUAUUCAUAUUGUUGUAUAUUAUAUUUUGUUUCAGCUACUGAAAUAAAUGCGAUUAUUUUAAAA